UAACCGGGCCACGUCUCAUUAUAUCGGAACCUUAUACUUGUCUGAUCCAUCAUGUGUCAGAUUUCGAUGACAUAGUAUCUUCAAAUGAAGAUCUUACACAGGUAGAGCAUAUGCAGGUGCUCGUAGAAUUUCUUCAACCACGUUUCACGCGUUACAAAUUUGUGAGAGAUCAACCGACAGUCAGCUUCAACGACUUAUGGAUGAUAAUGAAGCCCGGAGUGAUGGGAUAUAUCGACUUGAAAGGCUAUUUACAUGGCUGUGUAAUUGAUAAGUAGUUGAAAUGAUGCAACGUUUCAUAGACCGAGGUAAAAAGGUGUAUGACGUAUUGUUUGGAGACACUAUGUACAUGGCAUACUCCGGUGAUUGUAUGGAUGAUGCUAAACAAAACUAUACGGGAAAAAUUGUCAUAGGCGGCUGCUAUGAUAUUGAAACCAUGUACCCCAAGCACAGUUGGAACUUCAACUGGAUGUCGCUGAGCGACGCGAUAGCGAUGGAUGUCCGGAUCCCUUUGAGUCGAGUCGAGCUCGUGGUCGUCCCAGAAAAGAAUGGUCCAGGCAUUAUGACAAAUGACCAGUAUUUCAUUCUAUCCCCAUGUUUGAGUGCAUUCACUCUACCUGAAAGGCAGUGGAUGCCGAUCAAUGCGGAAUAUAUUCGCCCAUUACCUGACGAUGACGAGGGGAUACUACCGCCUAUCAUGGAUGAGCGCAAAUUGAAAUCUAUCCAAGCGCUCGUAGAGUUGAAUGGCUGUCAAGGCGUGUCACAGUCUUUUGCGGGUCAGAAGAAAGACGGCAGUGUCGUCAUUCUUCUCGAUGGGCUCCCUGGUGUCGGCAAAACCUAUAUAGUCGAAUUCAUCGCCCGGAAAUGUCGCCGACCAAUCAUUCCGCUCAGGAUAGAUGAGCUCGAGAGAAACCCGACAGUGUGGAGUGCGUUAGGGGAAAAAUGGAACGCCAUUUUUCAUGCGUCGUAUUCUCCAGAAGGCGACAUAAGCGUCUUUGAGCUGACUAAUAUCCUAGAAAGUUUUACGGGGACUUUGUUCCUGAGUUGCGUGAAUUUCCAUCACUACUACCAAGACGUCUCUCCAGUUGAUCUAAAGGUUACACUUCCCCCACUUAACGACCAGGCGCGUGACCUGAUAUGGUUCGAGCUGGAAAGAAAGCUUCACGCGGGAAAGAAGUUCCAGCUGCAUGAGAAUGCUUCUACUUUUCUGCACUCUUCAGAGAUGAAACGAGUAGAUUGGAACGGUCAUUCUAUAGUUCAUUGUUUUAAGAUUGCUAUCGCCCUAGCAAUGAAAGAAAAUAGGGCCCAGGAGAGCGGCGCAAUCAUCGUGGAAGACUCUCACUUCAAAGAAGCGAUGAAUAUUGAAUAUGAGUCUAAUGGAGGCCCAAGGCGAUAUUCAUUGGCCGCCCAAGCACCACAAAUUCGUUUCGGACCUAGUGUCCCUCCUCAGGUUUCUUACAAUUCCCCAGACAUCGAGGCAGAUCCCAAUGGCCAAGCUCAUGCUAUUAGUGCAAUAUCUCCGACAGUCCACAUAAAUGGCGAACACACCGAUGCACCAUACGAAACGAUGCAUUGGUUAGCCACUCUCAGCAGUGAUUCAGACUUUUGCAUCCCUGAUUUGAAUCGGGCUAGCUGGGACUCAUUCCAAGCUGCGGGCAGAGUCUCACUCUUUCGCAAAACAGAUUUUCAUGCUAUCGAUAUCCUUGAAGGCGAGCCAUUGAUCAAAAUUCCACCCAGGGGUCCAAGGGAACGGAGACGCCAAGCCUUAGCAGAGAAGAACCUCAGUCUUGAUUCUCCAACUGCCACAUUCUCUGAUCAGAACGGACAAAGCCCAGUCGGAGGUAAACUCGGCAACGCUAUAUUACCUGAAAGAAUUCGCAUCAACUCUCCCGCAAUCAUAAAAGCGUUCUCGGAAAUCAGUGGUAUCAAUUUUACGGGACCAUUCCUGCUCUUCCGACCAUUCAGAUCCCUAUUUUAUCAUGAGCAAGAGUUCCGUGAUACAGUAAUCUCAGGGAAGAAAUUUUUACAAGGUGAUACUACCGCAUUCCAACACUUAUUUCUCCAGUUAACUAAUGUGUGAAUUAUUUGCAGAUUGGCCUGCUAGCGAGGAGCAAGUUGAUAAUGAAACAAAUAAAAGGAGGGUCGUAGCUGGACUAGAACAAAUGGAAUGCCUUCUAUCAUUUAUUAGUAAUGAUUUAAGGGCCAGGAAAGAGAA